AUGCUUACUAGUGGUAAGAAAACAAUAUUAUUUUGUCAAAACAAUUUAUUUAGCCAUAAAACUAAGUACAAGAUGUGCAGUGUUACAUCCUUCAGAGUGAUCUCCCAUGAAAUAGCACAGUUAUUCAUGGCAGCAAGAAAAGGUUUUAAAGUACAUUUGAUUGUAGCAAUGCAAUUUGUAAUCAUUUUUUUAAAAUGUGAAGACGUUACAACAUUAAGGUAAAGUAACUUUAGCCUGUGAACGAAGCCUGCGUUCAGAGGUCUCCCAUUUCCUCAUUACCCAAAGUCUUGGGAAACCAGAACACGAUGAGCAAUUCUUGGUUUCCGACUACGUGACAAGGCGGCCAUGUUGGGGGUCAAAACAACAGAAUUUUUGUCGAAGAAUUUACAUGAAAAUAGAGUUAAUUUCCAGAGGAGAAAAAUGGCCGCCUUGACAUCAUGUAGAAACCAGCAAUGGUGUUAUGCAGACGUCCAUUUUCCUCAUGCCACAUGGGAAAUAGGAGAGGUCUGCUCGCAGGCUACUGCAUGUGAAUGCAGCCAUAUUUCCGGUUGUCGCUUCUCACCACACUUCUCUCGGCGUGUGAAACAAAAGCCAAAAAAGGGGACUGUUCACUCAGGCUAGGUUAAGCGGCUAUGCUCACACUUAUACUGUAUUGCUUUUCGUGCCAACACGAAAAUCUAUCUAGCCUGUGUACAGACCCCUCCCUCCCCUCAGGUUUUUUUUCUGAGGGGAGGGGGGAGGGGGUCUGUACGCUGGCUAAAAUCUAUCCGGUAUAGUGUGUACACCUAACUGAUAUGUGACUCUCCACUUUAGAGAUCGGUGUGGUGCCGUCAACAGAAGCUCUAUCCAGUAUGAUUUUCAUGCUGGUGCCGGCAAAAGCCUACCCUGGGUACCGGAGGUUUUUUCUCGAGCGCGUCGGGGAGCUUCGUUUUGUCGGCCGAAGGCCGUUGACACGAGCGGCGCGGGUCACUUUUUAAGACUUGACCGAAACCGGAAACCGCGCAUGAAAAGCCUCUGGCACCCAGGGUAGCAAAAGCCAUCCGGUACAGUGUGAACUUAGCCUAAAGUUAACAUACGAUCAGACGUUCUUUUUUGCGGAGGGUGGGGAAAGGCCUAUCAAACAAAAAAGGAAAAAGACCGCUUGAUCGCAGGUAAGGUUAAACUAGGUGUAUGUUAUUGCAUUUGAAUCUGAUUUCUUUGCAGGAUUUUUUCGCAUCGGUGUUUGGAAGGCAGGCCUCCGAGCUUUGCGCAAAGAUAUUGUAUGGGAUCUUAAAGGAGAAGGCCGGAUUUUAGGUGGUGUUUUUGUAAUUGGACCUGGAGAACAAGGAAUUCUACUUGAUCACGUAGCUAAGGACUUUGGCGAUGAAGUUGAUCCAAGAGAUGUUAUGACUGCUGUUGAGAAAAUUAAUAACUAUAGUACGGAAAAAUCUCAGUUGUAA